AAAACUAACAUAGGAUAAGCGAGACGAAAUCUGAUUGGACGCACAAAUUCAGUGAUUCGUGAAUUUUAACGAUUUUGCGACAAGAUCUUGAGACUUAGACAUAAUUUCGACUACCGCCAACGACCAAAAGAAUUUCCUCAAUUCUCACUCACCAACCCGUCAAGAUGUCUCAAUACGUUUCCGCUGAUUUGAUCUGGGAGGUUACCAGAUCCCAGAACGCUUUCUUGGUCAAGCGCUCAACUGGUGGUGGAAGCACCUUCUCCAGAGAUCCCUUGAACUUGACCAACAAGCACUCCAGAAAGUAUGCUGGUUUCGUCAACGACAAGGCCGUCGGUGUUGUCCCAUCUGAGAAGGGUGUUACUUUGAUCACCAAGAAGACCUCUGCCAGCCAAAAGCCAGCAUCUAGCUUGAACAAGACCACCUACAGCAAGUCCGGCAGAAAGACCUUCGCUGGUGUCGCAAAGACCGUCGCCCAAGGUGGAUACAGAUCUGACCUCCGUGCUGAAGCCGUCGCCCGUUCCUCCGCUAUCCUCGAAUCCCAAACCCCUAAGAAAGAUGCCCCAGCACCAAAGCUUAGAGGAUCCAAGGCCGCCAAGGCUGCUGAGAAGGAAGAGUAA